AAAUUUUUCAUUCAAUUAUUUUUUUAAUAUUUUGCUUAAAUUUGUCUUCAGGUACAAAUAAAAAAGUAAUAAUUCGUAUCGCGCAUCCUUGCUGGCUUAGACCGUAACUAGAAAGUGUGAAACUAUUCGCAUUUUAUGCGUUAAAAGUGAUUUGAGCGCUGCUCACUGUCUACGAUAAAGUUUGUUGGCAAAGGAGAAGCAAAAAUGGCCGAUGGCGUGGAUAUUGAUUUAUAUGCUGAUGACCUGGAACAGGAUUUUAAUCAAAAUAAUGAUGAAUUUGGUGGCGAUGGAGGUGAUUUGUAUGACGAUGUUAUUACGCCUUCCGGUGAUCACAGAAACAAUUCCGGCAGCGUUGCUUCCGACAGGAUGGAUGGAAUUGAUAGCAACGGAGGAUAUCACCACCACGGGGGAUCAAUGAAUCACAUUGCUAGACGUCAUCAGCUUUAUGUGGGAAAUUUAUCUUGGUGGACUACAGACCAGGAUAUCGCCGAUGCAAUUACCGACGUCGGCGUAAAUGAUUUUCAGGAAGUGAAAUUUUUCGAAAAUCGUGCCAAUGGGCAGUCAAAAGGGUUUUGUGUAGUUUCACUGGGAUCUGAAAACAGUAUGCGUUACGUUAUGGAACGACUGCCGAAAAAGGAACUGCACGGACAGAAUCCGGUUGUUACAUUACCGACGAAGCAAGCGCUAAACCAAUUUGAAAGUCAACAAAAAACUAGACCCACACCUCCAACCCAAGGACAGUCAAACGGACCGAGGCCGCCAGGCCCUAACAUGGGCAUGGGAAUCGGUGGUCCACCUGGAGGCCCCCACGGUGGGCCAGGUGGCCCGGGAGGUCCUGGUGGACCUAAUGGCCCAGGUGGGCCACCUCGAAUGGGGAUGGGUAUGGGUCCUAGUAUGCCGCCUGGAAUGCGACCACCGCACAAUCACCCUAUGCAAGGGCCGGGACCAGGCCCAAUGCAUAUGCAAGGCCCACCAGGACCAGGUGGCCCCCCUAGACCUCAGCGUUCCUUCCAGGGUCCACCGAUGCACCAAGGAAACGGGCCACCACAACAAGGUCAUCCGCGGUUUCAAAAUCAAGGUCAAUGGAACGGGCCUCCAAGAAUGAAUGGUCCGAGACCAGGUGGCCCUGGCCCGAUGCCUCAUAGACCGCAAAUGGUAAAUAAACCGCAUUACCAAUCACAGAGAUCACACAGAUUCAUGGAUUAUCCUGGUCCGCCGUCGCGUGGACCUCGUCCAGAUUGGAACGGACCUCCUAUGCAUGGAGGGCCUAGUUUUCCACCUGGUCCACCUGGACCACGUCAAGGACCGCCGCAUAUGCAAGGUCCCGGUCGUGGGCCUCCGAUUGGUGGUCCAGGGCCCCAAGGACCUGCACCUCAUGUAAAUCCAGCUUUCUUCAACCAAGGAGGUGGUCCCCCUGGUGGUCAUCCUAAUGGUGGACCUGCAUCUCAUGGCCCUCCUUCAGGACAAGGACCUCCGCAACAUUUUAGCUCACAAGGGGGAGCAGCACCGCGUGGUCCAUGGCCUCCCGGUCCUAGUGGAAAGCCUCCAGGUGGACCAUUCCCGGAACAUAGCAUAACACCCCAGCUAAGUGAAGCGGAAUUCGAAGAGAUUAUGACAAGAAACCGCACUGUCAGCAGCUCGGCCAUCGCAAGGGCUGUAUCGGAUGCUGCUGCGGGAGAAUACUCGAGCGCUAUUGAAACAUUAGCAACGGCGAUUUCGUUAAUAAAACAAUCUAAGGUAGCUCACGACGAAAGAUGCAAGAUUCUGAUUAGCUCCCUUCAAGAUACGCUGCAUGGUAUUGAAACCAAGAGUUAUAGUAGAAGAGAACGCUCUAGAUCACGUGAUCGUUCUUCACAUCCGCGUUCCAGAUCUCGCAGAGAACGUUCGACAUCGCGUGGUUAUCGCGAGCGUUCUCGUGAAAGAGACCGCAGUGAUCGUAGUGAGCGGGACCGCGAUCGGGAUCGGGAUAGAGAUGGUUCUAGACGUUCUCGUCCUCGCAAUAAGACCCCAGAAGCAACUACUGACAAUUCUACCGACAACUCGAAACGCUAUUAUAACGAUGAUCGGUACAGAUCUUCAGAUCGCGACCGCGAACGUGACCGGGAUCGUGAGCGUCGCGAGGAACAUCGAUCACGUCAUUAAAACCACAUUGCAAAUGUACAAGUCGUACCAGACACAAAUUCUCUUCUGCAGCAAAUGGUUUAUUUGUUUCCAUCUGGAGUAGGAAGUCGAAGUUCUAAAUCUGAGACGAUCCUACGAAGUGUUGCCAUCACUUCAUAUUUUCUCCAAACUGUUUUCUAGAAUUUGUCAGAUUUUUCAAAUGGAUUCAUUCAUGUUUUUAUUCCCUGUACACCUUUCUCUAUGAUUUAUUAGCCGUAAGAAAUAACGAUGUAUUGUUCUGGCUAUUAUAUUUGAAAUGGCUUCACUCUACCUUCGAAUACACCUAAAGAUGGUUUUAUAUGAUACCCAAACCACUGGGUAUUGCGUGCAUGAAACCACUGAUAUAUGGAGAAAAAAAAUUCAAAUCUACAAACUCUACAAGAAACGGGAGUAGCAAAAUUAAACGUAGUACAGUGUUGCUCGUCCACUUUCAAUAGAUAUGAUUAGAAAUUAUAACAUGCAUUGCUGUAUGCCGAAUAGAGAGAAUAGAUGUUGCAGAUGGAUAGUUACCUGCAUAACUAUGAGACAUUACUAUCCGUUUUUAUCACCUAAAUAACCAACAAUGCGAAAGCCGGAGGCGAUUAUUCAACGGUUACUGGUGGCAUCGCAGACAUCGACAUCGUUGAAGAUCUAUGUGCAAAUUGUGAAGCAGCAUCGCACCCAGUUUAGCUGUCCAUAACCACUGCAUUGAGGUUGAAUGGCGAGAAUCCGAUUAAAAGAAGAUUGUAUUCAAUAAUUGAUUGAUUAAACUAAUUACAAUGAUAUUCCAAAAGAAAGAAAGAAAAGCAAAA